UUUGUGGCCCACACCCUGCGCAUCCGAUUCUCCUCUGAACUACGCUAAGGACCAGACCGGCUGCAAUCAUGAGUCAACUGGAGGUAGCAAUGGCCACCCUGAUACAAAUCUUCGACAAAUACGCUGGUUCUGACGGGAAGAAGUGCACGCUGAGCAAAACUGAGGUGAAGACUUUGAUGGAGAAGGAGCUGCCUGGAUUGCUCAAGGCAGCGAAGAACCCCAGCGAAGUGGACAAGCUCAUGAAAGAUCUGGACUUCAACGGGGACUCUGAAGUUGACUUCCAAGAGUUCAUCACGCUGGUCGUCGCCCUGACCUGUGCAGCACACAACCGCUUCUGCAAACGCUAGAGAGCGAGGAGCCCUGGAGGCCCAGGGGCCACCACCGGGAGUAGCAGGAAAAAAACCUUAUACUUAUUGUUACUUUGAGCAAAUAAAGAGAUUCACACACAUGUA